AUGGAUUUUCGAGGCAAGAAGUACGAGCGGGGCACUAACUGGUCGGAUCCCGAGGUAGUGGAGCUUCUGCAACUGUGGGCUGACGACUCCGUGCAGGCGGAGCUGGAGAGCUGCCUGCGGAACCAGCACGUCUUCAACCGGAUCGCCGAAGUGCUGCGCGAGAAGGGCAUCCACCGCACCGGCGAUCAGUGCCGGGAGAAGAUCAAGAAAAUGAAGCUCGAGUACCGUCGCAUCAAGGACAACAACAAGGCUCCGCGCGGGGGCAGGACGUGGAAGUUCUACGAGGUGAUGGACCGCGUCCUGGCCAGCCGCCCUCCGCUCGUCUACAGCGCCACCGGCAACGGCAACGGCAGCUACGUGUUGACGCAGCAAGGGCUCCCGGGUGGGGUGGUGGAGAGCUACCAUCCCCACUUGGGCCCUUCUUCGGCGCUGACCUUCCCACCCUCUCAGCCCCCCGAGCAGAUGGAGAUCAAAUGCGAGGAGGUGGAUUCAGAGGACCAGUGCUUGAUGCCUGAGCCUCUGCCUUCUCUCACUACUUACCAGCCUGGGGGCUCUGCUGAGGAGCAGGAGAUAGACAGGGCCUUCCUGGAGAGGUCCCAGCCUGACUCACCCAUCUCCAGGGUGGAGAUCCCCAUUGAGACCACUGUCUCCCUCUCAGGUUUCAGGGAACCUAAUGCAGUUUCUUCAUCCCGGAUCCAAAGUCUAGGGGCAUGGCCUGGUUUUUCUACUUUGCACCGCUUGAGGAAGAAAAGGAAAGGCCAGCGGUUAAAAGAUCCUAUGGAUGCCCUGCUGUUGAAGACUUUAACCGCCCAGCGGGAAAUGGAGGAGCGCUUUCUGCAGAUGGAGGAACGCCGCCUUCAGCGAGAUGUGGAAGUGGAGGAGCGCCGAAUCCAACUGGAGCAGCGACGCUUUGAAUUGGAACGGGAUCAUGACUUCCGUAUGUUCAAUGUCUUUGCCCAAAUGCUGAACGUCUUAAAGCAGGGCAAUCAGGGCUCUUGUGCAACUGGAGUAGCUUCAAAUGUAGACCUUCACCAAACAUUCUCCAAUUCCACAGAAAUAGGAGAACGGCUGUCAGAAGAAGCCAAGGCCCUCCAGUUAGGGCAAACCAGAUUGGAUAGCGCAACUAAGGGGUUGCAUUCCUGCCACCAUGCUGAUUUUCAAAACAGCUCUUACCUCUCUGUCCGAGGUAAUAUGGCUGUUGCUUCGAUGUUCUCAGAGGAGGUGUACCAGCUCUACCAUGAUGACAAGUAUGAUGAGGACAAAAACCCCAGUGGCAUCAUUAAUUUGGCUGUCAGCGAGAACAAACUCUGCUUUGAUCUAAUAUCCAAAAAGCUGACCCAAAGUGCCACGAACCUCACAGAUCCUUCCCUGCUGCAGUACCCUGAUUGGAAGGGCCAUAUGUUUGUACGAGAAGAAGUGGCUCGAUUUUUGACCUAUUACAGCAAAGCCCCUGCACCUCUCAAAACAGAAAAUGUGAUUCUGCAGAAUGGCUGUGGAUCUUUGUUUUCUACUUUAGCUAACGUUCUGUGUGAUUCAGGAGAAGCGUUCCUGAUUGCUACUCCUUUCUAUGGAGGAAUCAUCAAAGAUGUGCACAUGUAUGGCAGGGUCAAGCUGGUUUAUGCCUAUUUAGAUAGCCAGGUCACUGGCAGUUGCACUCGUCCAUUCCAGCUUACAGUGGAUAAGCUAAAGAAAGCCUUGCAGGAUGCACAAUCAGAGGGCAUCAAAGUAAGGGGUUUAAUUCUCCUGAAUCCACAAAAUCCCUUGGGGGAUAUCUAUUCUCUCUCAGAGUUACAGGACUACUUGGAAUUUGCAAAAAGACAUGAGCUGCACGUGAUUGUUGAUGAGGUCUAUAUGCUGUCAGUUUUUGAUGAUUCUGCCACAUUUCACAGUGUCCUGGAAAUAGACAGAUUGCCUGAUCCACAAAGGACCCAUGUGUUGUGGGGGGUUAGUAAGGAUUUUGCUAUGUCUGGAAUCCGGCUUGCUGCCUUGUACACACCAAACCAAGAUGUUAUCAAAGCUGUGUCUUGUUUUAGUUACUUUCAUUGUAUCUGUGGGCCUAUACAAUACCAAAUUGCCCAGCUACUCAGAGACAGAGAUUGGAUCAACCAAGUAUAUUUACGCACCAACCAUGAGAGACUGAAAGCUUCACACACUUUUAUAACAGAUGAACUCAAGACCCUUGGCAUUCCCUUCCUCAACCGCAGUGCAGGUUUUUUUAUAUGGAUAGACUUUCGAAAGUAUUUAAGAAAAAGAACAUUUGAAGAGGAGAUGCUACUGUGGAAACGCUUCCUGGACAAAAAGAUCUUACUCUCUCCUGGUAUCUCAUUUGAGUGCAAUGAGCCUGGCUGGUUUCGCAUUAUCUUUGCUGAUAAGAUAAAUCGACUGCGGCUUGGGAUGCAGAGAAUCUGUGAAGUACUAGAAGAACAAGAACGUGAAAUCCUGAAUGAAGACAAAGAUCCGUUGUGUCUGUCUGAAUCAGAAGGCACAGUAGACAGCACAGAUGAAGUGAUCUUUGUGUCUCACCACCAGGAACCAACUUCCUCCGGGAGUUCCUCCCUUGGCGAUCUAAUUGGUCUCCUUCAGCAACAAAUGCGCUCAUCUGAUUGGUUGCAGAAAAAUACAGUGGAGCAGUUUGCACAAGAGAAACCAGAAGUCUAUGAUGUUUUCAGCAAGUUAGUGGGGAAGAAAUAGCAUUGGUGCAUUCUUCCAGAGGCUAUCAAUCAAUUUUGUCUUUUAAAUUACUUAUUGAUAUUUUUUUCUAUCUACUAGGAAACCAUUUAUUUCUUUUCAGCCUUCUCAUAAUUAUGAUGGAUAGGGCGCAACUAGGAAGGGGUUGGCAUUUCUGCAAUCUCUAACUUUUGUAUUAUCUUUUUUUUUAAAUGAGUAGACUUGUCUCUUAAGCUAUUUCAUAUUUUUCUGAAGGGUUUUUUUUUUCAUCUUAACAGAUUGUUUUCAAAGAAUUGUCAUGCCUUUAGCUGAAACCCAGAAUGCAGCUAACUUGGAUCUAAAUUACACAUUUUGCAAAGUAAUUUUUUAAAAAAUUAGAAGCAGGUUUAAAUGUAUUCUUACACAGGUAAAGAAAGUCAUGGAUCUCAUUGUGAGAAGAUUUAUUAAUUAAGUCGAGGAUUCUCAAGGCCAGAAGACAUGUCACAUUUCCUGUCUCUUCACUGUUGAAGGGAUCAGGAGGAGACCCUAGAGCAGUGGUUCUCAACCUUCCUAAUGCCGCAACCCUUUAAUACAGUUCCUCAUGUUGUGGUGACCCCCAACCAUAAAAUUAUUCCUAAGACCAUUGAAAAUAUUAUUAUUAUUGUUAUUACUAUUAUUAUUUAUUGAAUUUGUAUACCGCCCUACUCCCGAAGGACUCAGGGUGGUGAACAGCCAAAAGAUAAAAUACAUAUAAUACAAAUGUUAAAAAACCAUUAAAAUACAAUUAAAUAAAUAUGUGUUUUCUGAUGGUCUUAGGUGACCCCUGUGAAAGGGUCGUUCGACCCCCAAAGGGGUUGCAACUCACAGAUUGAGAACCACUGCCCUAGAGCCAUCUCUUCCCUGUAGUUCUUCUCCUGUCAGACAUGAAUUGUUAUGGCUGACAUUAAUUAACUACAAUGAAUUGUACAAAAUACUAUCUUUUAACUGGGAUUUAAAGUGUAGUUAAGAAUGUUUUUCAGUUAGGGAGUAUGCAUUCUUUGUCUUUGGGAUCAAGAAGGCAUGAAACUGAUGUAGAACUAUUAACAGAAGGGGAGGGCAAAAAGCACUUUUUUAGUUAAAAAUACGUAAUGUAUGUUUAACGAAUCUAUUUUAUGCGGUGGGUUGGCUAUACAAACAAAAAGCAAAAAAAGUAUCACAUCAGCAAAAAUCGUUAACUUUUUGCUGAAAGGUGGCAAAGUAUUGCUAGACUCCAGAAGUUGCAGAAAUGGAUCUUAGCACACACACGUUUAUUGGCUACAAAUCACCACAUCUAAUUUAAAGCAAGUAUGCAGAAGCUGUGGCCUUCCAAUCUUGGGUGCCGCUUCCAAAGUUUUAAAUAUUAAUGGUAAAUUAAAGCAUUCACACACACAAGGGAAAUGGGACGUGAGGUUCUGAAUCCAUUCAGGAUUAUUAGCAGGCUGACAUUGUUACAUUUAUAUUGAUCUGGAAAUCUUCACAGUUAACAUAAAAUCUUAAAUUCUGUAAUAGUUUAAGGCACUCCACCUUGAGAUUACUAUGUUCUAAAUCUGUUUCUUUUUAUAGCUUGGAUUCAUAUCUGAAAUAAAAAAAUCCAUUGUUCUCUCAUCAGUCCUGAAACAAAAUAACAUCAUUCACACUUAGAAAUGCUGUUCUAUAAUAAAUUUUGCUAUAAAUUGAUUGUUUAAAACUUCUAUGGUAGGAUUGUCACGUGAAUAGGCAAAAUCCUAAUUUAGAUAGCUGCAUUAUAGAAAAGUGGAAAAUGUACCAUCACAUGAAAAGAAAUGGACCUUAAAUAAGGAUUUGCAAAUUAAUACUUAUUGAAGAAUACUGGUUGUUUCUUAAAUUGUUUUUAGAAUAAAUUAAGAUGAUUUUUAUCCAACAGCAGGAAGAGAAAGAGAAAAUAAUCUAAGAUUCAAUUGUUUGUCUUAGCACUUUGAUAGUAAAUGACAAUGAUGAUGGGUCAGUGUGCCUUAUCAGGAUUGUUUCAUAAAUUUUUAAAAUUUCUUUCCUAAAAAUAAUAAAAAAGAAAUUGCUA